AUACAUCAAGCAUAUAUUUAAACUAAAUUAUCAUACACACUGUUACGAAAAUGGCUGAUUGGGAUGCUGCGACAUUUGCCUCCACGGAGCCGUCAUAUGCUCCAAUGUUCUGCUGCCUAUGUGGAGAUGUCGUCCCCAAGCCAACAGCCUCAAGGAUGUGCCAUUUAUGCAUCACCAAAAACGUAAACCUGGCACAGGAAGUAACGACACAUACCACAAUAUUACAAUGUGGAACUUGUAAAAUGUUCUUCCAUGAUAGAUGGCUGAAAUGCGAUCUGGAAAGCAAAGAACUACUAUCUAUAUGCCUUAAAAAGGCAAAAGGACUUGAAAACAUGAAAAUUAUUAACGCAGCAUUUUCGUGGACUGAGCCACAUAGCAAACAGCUAAAGGUCAAAGUAUGCGUACAAAAAGAAGUUGAUAGUAAUUUUGUGGUUGAACAGUCAUUCGUAAUUACGUUCUCAAUCAAGUCAAGCCAGUGCGAUCACUGUAAGAGAAUGUAUACACCACAUACAUGGAAAGCCAUGGUACAAAUCAGACAAAAAACCAAAGACAAAAGGCAUAUUCUCAUGCUGGAACAAAUCAUCAUCAAACAUAACGCUCACGAGAAUGUAACGAACAUUUUAUCAAGACCUAAUGGAUUUGAUCUUCAUUUCCAAAGUAAAACAUGUGCACAGAAGUUCGCAGACUUCGUCUCAGAUAAAAUUGUCUCCCAAGUUAGAAACAGUAAAAAGCUGAUUACUCAGGAUAGUGUUAAUAACAAGUGGGACUACAAAUACACACUGCAAGUUCAACUCAUCCCAAUUUGUGCAGAUGAUAUGGUGUUCCUACCACCCAAGGUGGCAUCAAUAAACGGAGGGAUAUCGCCUUUUUUACUUUGCGUGAAUUUAACAACAACUAUCAGUCUCAUAGAUCCAUUCACAUUAAGGACACUAGAUAUUUCAAACGACAAAUUUUGGAAAAAUCCAUUUACCUCACUUUUCAACAAGUUCAAUCUUUGCAACUUUAUUGUUCUCAAUAUUGAGAAAGAUCGGAGCUGUAAGUAUACACACCCAGUAUAUGAACUUGUCGACGUGGAACUCAUGGCAGUAAACGCUUCCACCGUAAUCUACACCAAAUCGCAUCUAGGAAAUAUAUUAACCGUCGGUGAUACUUUCAGUGGCUACGAUAUACGUAAAAUCAAUCUUAACGGAUUGGCAGAAGAACAAACAGAUAUAUCGAAUAAAAUACCGUUCGAUGUCAUAUUGGUAAGAAAGGUGAAGACUAAAAAACUUUUCAAGACCAAUUGGGUGCUUAAAAGGAUUGUUGAUAAAAAGGGGUCCUCCUCUGACGAUGAAAUCGAAGAAGAUGAACUGCUGGAUUUCAAAGAGGAACUUAUCAACAAAAAGGAACUCCAAAAGAAUGUGGAGUUUUAUCAAAAUCCCAGAGCGAAUGCUAACAAAGUUAGCAGUCCAGAUGACGGGGAUCUCGAUAUAGUCGCAUCGCAACUCAAGGAACUGUCAUUGCAAGACACCAACUACUUUUAAUACUGCCAAACAACUCGUAAUAUCGGUAUAUUUCAAUAGCUAAUGGUGGGUCAGAUUAUUCACAUGUAAA